CUACAGAACCCUCUAGACAUAUUUUUAAAUGACUAGACUACUUCUGUUGCUAAGAGUAGUCUACCCUGGAUGUACAAUACUAAUAAAUACAGUUAUAUAGAUCUAGACAUAGAUGACAGAUUCUAGAUCUACAUUGUCUAUUAUUGCUUACAAGCGUCAAUCAAAUAAAGUUACAUUACAUAAAAAUGGCGACCUUUAUUUAUGAGACUAAAUUAGUCAGAGCUCACUUCGCGUUGUAAAAAUUAAAUUAGGAGAAUUCAACUUAUUGAGAGUCCAGUUAAUUAGUUAUUUGAGUUAUUAUAAUUAUAUUAUUAGUUAGAUCUAGAUAUAUUAUCAUAUAUAGUUUAUUGGCACUACCGUGUGUACUCAUUUCACUGUGUUAGUACUAGAUCUAAAUAGUAGUGUUAGUCACUGUUGCUGUAGUCUGUAGUUAGUACGCCACUUACACUACUUACAGAAUAAGACUUAAUGUCAUGGCAUCAAGUAGAGAUUCUGGAACACCUCCAGCUGGGCUUAUUCCACCGCCUGUAGCUGCACCUCGAAAUCGCCGUAGUCCUGUAAAUAUUCUAAGUGAAGAGGCUAGUGAGCCACCAAAGAGUCCCCCAGUACCAGCUCCAAGACACAGUCUAAAGAACAGAUAUUCUGAUGAAGCAUUCAAGUCUAGCGUCCCAAAGUCUAAUUCAAUGUAUUCUCAAGAUCCUGCACCUUUUACUGAAGUCAGUAACAGGUUCUCACUACCAACAACCACAAACCACCCGGACUUAGAUGGGCUGGAUUUCUCUUCUUCAGCUUUUCCAGCUUUGAAGGAAGAGCAAAGGCCAAGAAGUGCUUCCAUGGAAGAGCUUAACCAGAAGCCUAUUUACCCAGACAUCAGGCAUGCUUUUGUGGGGUUGGCUGAAUUCCAGACCAACAAUCUUCAGUUCACCUAUGGCAAUACUUCUAACCAUGCCCAUUUGUCUCGACCGACAUCUGUCCCACCUUCAACAAAUUAUGGUUGGAAUGUUCCACACUAUACCAGUAGCAGUGGAGGACAGUUAUUGAACUCUUCUACAAACUUUAACAAUAUGCCUUCAGGUUUUUAUAACCCUUAUCAGCCUUAUGGUACUGCUGGCAAUGGUGUCUCAGUGUCUAGUGAUGCUUCUAAAGUGAAUGUGUCACAAUUUAACCCCCUGUAUCCAACAACCUUUGCAGCUUAUGACCAAAAUCCUCUAAAUAAACCACAGUACCCUGUAGCAGGGUCAACAAUGAACUUUAACCCCAACAUUGGUUUCAACCUACCAGCACAAAUGUCGGGAACACCCAGUUAUCCAUUUGGUCCUCAGAAAGAUCAAAAUCUGCCAUCACCCACGGUCGUCGCGGGUUCAAGUGAAGGUCAGCCUUUUCCAGAUAGAGCUACAUCUUUAGAAGAGAGGGAUUUGAUAGAUUUAGGGGAGGUUUUGCCUGAGCAUGAAUACUUAUCUCUAGACUAUUUUGACCCCUUGUACUCACGAGGAAGAAAAGAGUCCAUUUCUUCUGCCAAUGAUACUUAUACUCCAAAGGAGUCUUCACGAAUGACAUUCUCUUUUGGGGAAGCUUUUCUAAAUCUGUACAAGGAUCAUGUGGGGGACUCAGCUGCUUAUGACCACAAGGUAGAUGAGCUUGCCACCAAUGAUGACCACAUUUGGGGACCCCUGGGUGAUGCUGCCAGCCAGGGAAGAAAACUUUCUAUUGGUUUUGAAGCAUUUAAUUUGGAUAUAUUUGGGCAGGAAAAGUUUGUGUCCAGUGAAGGUGAAUUAACAAAGAGAUAUUCCUCUGCAGCUUAUGACAGUCCUGUGACUUCUAAUGAAAGCACUAAAAGUGUAUCCAAACCAGAUAGACCAGUUUCCUGGAAAGUACCAAAGGACAAACGCUUUGAAAAACUACGGAAGCGCAAGUUCAUUGACCCUGAAUCUGAAUCUUUCUGUCAAAUGGUCACUGAUUUGAAGAAAAUGUACCCUUCCUCUGAGGAGAAAACAAAUCAAGGCUUUCUGGUCAACCAGAUCCGUGAAUGUCACAUGAGCUCCAUACAAGUUAAAGUGGUUGUUCACACAAUGUUUGCCACAGAGCCAGUUAUAUUUACCUGUGAUACUGAUGCCCUGGUGGAGCACGUCAUUAGCCAUGUACUCUACACACUGGCCCCUGCAGACCCACAGCCUAACACAGAACUGUUUAUUCUCAAAGUUUAUGACCGGGCUGAAUAUCUGGUUAAUGACCUCCCCUUGGCCAAGUUUGACUACACACACAGCUGCUUAAAAUUGGAUCGUGAUAUUUGUUUGGAACUAGUGACUUGUGAAGAAGUGUCAAGACCUUUCAUUAGAACAAAAGAUGAUGAUAUUCAAGUUUUAUAUUUUCCUAAAGAGUACAUCAACACUGAGGGGGCUGCAGUAUCAGAGCAGGACCUCUCUAUUUACUUGGAUACAUUCUAUCAUGAAAUAAAUGUUAUGUUAGAACAUUUCAGUCAGCCUGGUUAUGACAGUUUUCAGCUCCAAGGUCUGCAGCAGUCAGUUAAAGCAAUAUGUGUCAGCUUGGCUGGGGUGGAGACUGUAGAUGUAUCCAAAUGUCUUAUGAAUCUUCGGCGCCAGGUUUCGGAGAUGAUGAGUCCCAGCCCAAAGCCCCAGACUAUGUCAGAGGAAAUAAGACAAGACAAGGAUACACAGGAGGCUAUUUAUGUUGCCAUGCAUUGUUCCCUUCUGGAGGACCUCCAGGCAGCUGUGGAUGCACUUUUAGAUGCUGUCAAAACUUUAGUACGCAUGUACUGUCGCACAUUCCUGACCGAUUUCUUCCUGGGGUCAUCCAUCGAAAUUCCUCACGAUCACACAGAAAUAGUCAAAAUGAAAGACUUCUUCAUUAUUGAUUUGUCUUCAGCACAUAGAAUCCCAGCUGCAUGGAAAACUAAAUAUGAGAGUUACAAGAUAGUGUGCAGUCUUUACCAUGGGACUAAAAGACUAGUUGAUGAUAUGUCCACUACACUGAAACCAUUGGCCAGUGGUCUGUGUGAGAAAAUCACAUGGGAUGAAUGGUUAAACUUUGAGAGGAUGCCUCUGUGUAUCAUGCCUAGAGAAACACGUCUAUGUCUCAUGCUUCUUGGUGUUCCCAGUGCCCCAGGAACAGCUGACAAGCCAGGAGGCGUGACCAGAGCAGGGGAUGCUGGGGAGGUCAGUAAGCUACUGAAACCAUUGGGGGCUGCCUCUCUUCAACUCUUUAAUGAGAAAGGCUAUUUGAACCAAGGCCCACAAUUAGUUCCUCUAAUAAUGGGAGCCAGCUCAGAUCCCAUCAUGCCUUCUUGCAAAACAGUGUUGCCAGACUCAGUUCUGCUGCAUGUAAAUCUUCCAGAUUUUGAUAAAACUAUUUACUUCCCAGAACCUUUAAAUUGUGCAUUCAGCCCCAAGAAAUCCUUUGAUACUCUCACAGAAAUGGUGCGUUUAUUGGUGUAUGGUGUCAUGGAGAAAGAAACUUGCUUGGGGUUUACUUCUGAUGAGCUUGAAAUCUUGUGGACACAUCGCCACUAUAUGAAAGAUCACCCAACACUGUUACCCAGGAUUCUCAUGGCAGCUCACAGCUGGGAUUGGGCAAGUCUGCCAGAGAUCUAUGCACUGCUCAGGGACUGGAAGCCUUUACCCCCAAUGCAGGCCUUUGAGCUGCUUCUCCCCCAGUACCCAGACUUGAAAGUUCGCCAGUUUGCUACAGAUUGUCUGAACAAAAUCCCAUCCGAUGACCUGAUUGAUUUCUUACCCCAGAUGAUUCAGGGUUUAAAGUUUGAGAGCUACCACAACUCCCCCCUGGCCAAGCUUUUGUUAGAGCAGUCAUGUAAAAGCCCUCGCUUUGCUCACCAGUUCUUCUGGCUUCUAAAAGGUCCUGCACCCCAGGAUCGUUUUUUUAAACGCCGCUAUGAGCUGAUGUUUGCUGCCUUGGCAAAUGUUAGUGGGGACACUCUUUAUCAGGAAUUCAAAAAGCAGGAAGAUCUUUUAAAGAUUGUGACCUCAAUAGCUGAGAAAGUCAAGGUCUCAAAAGAGAAAGAUGCUACACUGAAAAGAGAGUUAGUACCACUUUGUGAAAUGUUGGAGCACAAAGGGAGAAUACUGCUACCCAUAAAUCCUAGUGUUGAGGUUGUGGGACUUGACAUGAAGUCUUGUUCUUAUUUCACAUCCAAUGCAUUCCCUCUGAGGCUGGUCUUCAAAAAUGCUAAUCCAAAGGCUGAUUCACAUUAUAUUAUAUAUAAGGUUGGGGAUGAUCUUCGGCAAGACAUGCUGACACUGCAGAUGAUACGUAUCAUGGACAACCUGUGGCUACAAAAGGGUUUGGAUCUCAGGAUGAUACUGUUUGCUUGUCUAGCUACUGGACCCAAGAGAGGUAUCAUAGAGCUGAUCACAGAGUCUGAAACCUUGAGGAAGAUUCAAGUGAAUUACGGCUUGACUGGCUCUUUCAAAGAUCGACCAAUCAAAGAAUGGCUUCAGAAGCACAAUCCUACAGAGUUGGAGUAUAAAAGGGCUGUUGAAAAUUUCACUCGUUCCUGCGCUGGCUACUGUGUUGCUACCUAUGUGCUGGGAGUUUGUGACAGACACAAUGACAAUAUCAUGUUGAAGCAGUCAGGUCACAUGUUCCACAUUGACUUCAGCAAAUUUUUAGGAGACGCUCAGAUGUUUGGCAGCUUCAAGAGAGACAGGGUGCCCUUUGUUCUCACCUCUGACAUGGGCUAUGUCAUCAAUGAUGGAGGCAAGCAGGGUCAUAAUUUCCAGCACUUUGUGGAUUUGUGUUGUCAGGCUUUCAACAUCCUGCGAAAUCAUGCGGAUCUGUUUAGAAGUCUGUUUAUACUGGUGAGUUGUUUGGGUCUGUUUAUACUGAUGAUCAGAUCUGGGAUACCUGGUGUCAAUGAACGAGCUGUCCAGUAUGUCCAGAAUGCACUCCUUCCUGGACAGACAGAUGCCCAGGCCACAGCUACAUUCACUAGGAUGAUUGAAGAAAGCAUGAAGUCAAUGUUUACACAAUUCAACUUUUUUCUGCACAAUCUGGCCCAGCUGAAAUUUUCUAGUCAUAAUGAAGGAACUCUUUUAUCUUUUGUGACCAAAGUGCACAGCAAAGACACAGAUGGCAGGAUUACAAAUGUUGUCAUGCACAGCUACCAGAAGAGAUAUACUCCAGAUAAACAUUAUAUCUUCAUCCUGCUGAUUGAGAGAGAAAACCAGAAAGUGCCAAUGUAUAUAUUUCGCCACUUCUCUGAGUUUGUUGAAUUUAGAGAUAAACUCAAUGAAAUGUUUCCACUAGUCACAUGGCCAAAUUUUUCUACAAGGCUUGUGAUUGGACGAAGCAAUAUAAGACCAGUUGCAGAAAGUAGGAAAACAGAAAUUGUUAGCUUUAUUAAGUAUCUUCGUUCUUUGUCAGCGGAAAUUUCAGAAUGUGAUCUAGUAUACACGUUCUUCCAUCCCAUGUUACGAGAUGAGCAGGAGGCAGAGAAAAAUAAACAAGUUACCAAACUCAGGGAACCGAAUGUACAACAUUUAAACAAUGCUGGUAACACUGGGAUUAAAGGCGAGAUAAAACUGUCCAUCCAGUACAAACGAGAUGCUCUUCAGGUCAUGGUCAUGCAUGUCCGAGGACUGUCUGAGGCCUCAGAAUUACCCAGCCCUUACGCCAAGACCUACUUACUUCCUGACCCUGAGAAACAGACCAAACUGAAGACAAAAGUGGUGAAAAACACCACCUGCCCAACUUUUAAUGAACUGCUGCAGUACCAACUAACAGAGCGUGAGAUCCGAACUAAAAUCCUCCAGGUGACAGUGUGGGACAGUGCUGUGUUGAAGGAGAACAACUUUCUGGGUGCUGUCUAUGUCAGACUGCGAGACUUGGACUUGGUCAAAGAUAACACCUUCUGGCACAAACUGGGCAGGAUUCAGAUGCCUAAUUUUACAUGACGUCUGAAAGUCAGAACAUUGUUGGUUACUUAAUUGUACUCACAAAUUUUGUUUUUAAUUGUCUUUUAUUGUAGAUUGCACAAACCACAAAGGACACACACAACUACUUUUGAGAAAACCAGGAAAUAUCCUAAGGGUUUUCAAAUACUAUUAUAUAUUUAUCUUGCACAAUGUUCAUUAAAAAAAAACAACAAUAACAAAAAAAAACAAUGAAAGUAAAUAAUUUAUAUAUAUCAUUCUUGUAAUACUCAAAUUAUACACAUUCUAAAAAAAAGUUUAUUUUUUGAUGCUACGAACAUUUAAAAAUAAUCAUAAGAUGUUAUCCAAAAUUUGGGUCCAUCUUCACGAAAAAGGAAUUUUUUUGUUCUAAGUCUGUUCUUUUGAAAUUCCUAGCCAUUUAUUAUUAUUGACUUACACAUUUAUAUAUCACACAAAUCUAAGACAUUUCAUUAUAGCUAAUAGAAUGUGAAAUAUUGUGAACCAAAGUGGGACAUGUUGAUGGUGAACCAUGUAGAAUGAUUUCACGUGUAAUUAUGAAAGUCAAACAGGUAAAGGGCUGAGCAAUAAAAUUACUUGUUGACAAAAAUAUGAAAUCAAAUAAGAAAGGUUUGCAAAUUACCAACUUAAAUUCUGAUUCUUCAAGUAUUUUCACAUGUAUAUGUUAUAUUUUUAACUUUUUAUUCAUUUAGUUUGCGCCCCCCCCCCCCCCCCCCAACUAUAUACACAAAUAUAUGGCCCAGUACUACAGUUUAAAAAAAACCUGCUACAUAUUUACCCUUGUUAUAGGUCAGUGCAAUAAUUGCUUUGAGUUGAAGUAAUGUCUGGAUUGUUUCUUCCUGUUGUGUUUUGUAGAUUGCCUCGUCUCCUCUCUCGCUCGUGCCAAAUAUAUGUGUCAGUCACUUACAUAAUAGCUACCAUGCACUUUGUAUUUAUUAUGUUACAUGCCUUUCUUUCAUUUCUGUGAUAUAUCAUUUCACUAUUUUUUAAACUUCAUUCUGUGUUUCAGGUUUUCUACCUUACUACUUUACAUCAUUAUUUAUUUUUUAUGGAUUCAUAUUUUUAAAAUGUAACCUUCAACAUAAAGUUUCAUUUUUAAAUUAUUUUUGUAGUAAUGUAAUCACUUUUAGCCAGAUUAUAUGCAGCAAAAUAGGAUGCUGCCAAAGUUGCCUGUUUGCCUGAUGAUUAUCUAUUGCCAGAGUGUAUUGCAAUUAUCUUUUUGUGACUAAUGAAACAGUCAAAUAAAUAGAUACUGAUAUCUUAGUUAUUAGCAUUACCCCUGAAGACCAUGAAGGGAAGAAUAAAAUCUAUAUAUUUAUAUAUGUGUAUAUAAGGCUUGUCUUCAAGUCCAAAAAUGGGGUGCUGUACUUCAUGUGGCUACGGCCACUGUCAGACAUAGCGUUGGAUGUUGUAAUAUGUGGAGCAUAUAAAUACAACUGUUUAUAAAUAUAUAAAUUUCAUUGCUAAUGUCUGUUGAUGUUAUUUAAAACCACCAGCCUAUGCUUGUUAUGCUAUUUAGGUUAUUGUCAGAUUUUUGUUUUGAAAUUUCAUUGGAACUGUUGGAUUCUGUUCAAGUAUAUACUGUGUUGUUAAUUAUGUGAAGUCUUUAUGAAAGAGAAGUGAUUUCAAUAUAGAAAUCAUUGUGUGAUGUCCAUGUUCACUCCUGGUGUUUAUUCUAGAAAUGAUGUUAAUGUACAAACCAUAAUGAAUGAUCCUAAUUUGUAUGAUUGUAAAAUGACCAAACAAGCCUUAGUCUUUGUCCACCACCUUGCCCACAUCUUUAGAUCAUCUUAGGAGAAAUGACUUGGAGCAAACUUUAUUUAUAACUUGUUUUUUCUAAAAAUGUUUUUUUUUUACAAUAUUAGUUCCUAUAUUCUAUAAAUUAUAUUGACCAUUCAUAUAGACCAUUCAUAUUGACCAUUCAUAUUGUUUACCUUGAUGACAGCAUUCUUGUAUUCAUAUACACUCUUAUUUAUCUUUGUAUUUAUCUAUGUAUUACUGUACAGUAGAGGGUUUAGUUUCUGUUGUUCUAUUUAUUGCAAACUUUUGUUUCUUUUUUGUAUUUUGAAGUUAAAGGGGCUUCCAAAUUUGUUUUUUCUUUAGUUCUACAGUGGCUAGGGAGUUGUUUUUUUUUACUAUUAUAUAUGUUAGCAGCAUAAUAAAUGACUUUUUUCAAGACACCUUUAGCGUUUUAUGUGUUUCUGAUAUGGUCCGACCUUGUUAUGAAAAGAAAUCAUUGAACAGAUUGGAAUAUGAAUGUUUUGUUCUGUGAAGCAGACUCAUAGAUUAAGCUGGGCUUAGAGUAGAUAUAGUAGAGAUGUUUCAUAAAAAGGAGCUCAAAAAUCAAAAGUUUCCCUUUCAGACCUUGUCAUCUAUGUUGCAGAUGUAAAGAUCUUCUGUUUCUGUGGCCCACAGUUAAUGAGUGUGUCAUGUGACUAACUGUCUUACUUUUCCACAACUAAUGUCAAGUACCCAUUAGAGUUAGGUAGACUCAGGGGUGCCCUAAAACUCCAGAAAUUCAAAAUCCCAGUCUUCACUUGGAUUUAAACUCUUUAAGCCCUUUAGCACAACUUAUUCUAUUAUUCUACAUAUAGUUGAGGGUCUUGACAUUUGAAUCAUAACUUGGCUGCCUUUAAGCUUUUCUCAUUUUUUAUCUUUGAGAAAGACUUUAAAUAUAAGGAAGCACUUCACACCAACUGCACAUUUGGAUGUCAUUUUACCACUAGUCCUUAGAGUAAAAUGGCCUCUCUUUGCUUCUGAAGGUCUUCUAGGUCUAUGACUUGCUCAGCCAAGACUGCUGGUUGAAAUUGUAGACCCAGUCUGCCACGCUACAUUGGUAACUUGAUUUUUAACUCUUUAUUACCACCACUACAUUUUUAAUAAAUGAUCCUUUUUUGUUUGUUUCAUCAGAUUCUCAUUUGAACUGUUUCUAUUCGAUUUUUUUUAUUGCAUGUCUGUCUGGCUGUUUAGCUUUUCAGUACAAUACUAAAGCCUUACUUUCCUAUAUGAAUUAUGAAACAUAUAUAUAUAUAUAUUGUGCUGCAUAAUUUGGUGACAUUAUUGAUCAAUAGAAUAAAUAAAUGUUUGUUAUGUUAUUGUAUAAGUAUUCACUGAACUAUAUUGAUGUAUACAAUAAGUCAUGUGAUCAGGGAAUGUUUAUACAUAUUUACCUCCGAGAGCUAAAUAUUUCCUCUGAGAGCUAAAUAUUUCUUAAUCUGUUUCAGCACUUGCUUAAUUUUUUUUCUUUUCAAUAAACUAAAUAAAUAAACAAUAAACUGCAUUAACUAGAAUCAAAGAACAAAGCCAGCAAUACAAUUUUUCUAAUGAUUAACCUUUUGGUUAACUGAAUCUUAGAAGUUCUCUGGAUACAUUGUUUUUAUUCAUACCUUUAUAGAAGUUCUCUGGAUACAUUGUUUUUAUUCAUACGUUUAUAUAACUGAAGAAGAGAAUUGAUCAAUACUUUCAUUAUUUAAAACCAACAAAAAAGUCUUUUGAGGAAUAAGCAAAGAACAAUUUUUCAUAUUGCAUUAAAUUUUAUAUCUUUUAAUUGGAAAUAUUUCUUAUGGCUCAUAUAUGAACACCUAGCAAACUUUAAUGUAGACAGCUGCCAUACUUUGGCCAGUGGCCCUUAGGCAUAACAAAUGUAUUUGAAAUGCAGUCUUGUGUUGGCUGUGAAAGUCAAAGGUUCAGAGCUCUAUAAAAAGUGAUAAGCACUUUAAAUGGAACUCUCAUUAUUUGAAGUUUACAAUACCUAAACCAAACUCUUCAUUUUAAAUAUAUUAUGAUACUUGUGUCUUGGAAUUCUGUUAUAUAUAUAUUUAUGUUUACAUGAUGCUUUAUGCUUUGACAACUUUUGUUUUGACAACUUUUGUUUCCAAAACAUUGCCAACUCUAAAUGUUAUUGUUUUGUGUUUAACUGUUCAGCAUACAUUUUAUUAAAUUAAAUAUCUGACUUCAUAGUGCGCUGAACAGAUCAUGCUAUUAGUACAUUGUCUAUAUUUUUUUUUAUUUCAAAUGAAAAUUGUUGCUUCUGUUGCCCUUUUGUUGGCUGGUCAAAGAUUUCUAAUUAAAGGGAAAUGUAACUAUGUUUACAAACUGUUGAUUAAUACACUUUCAAUAGCACUAAUUAA